AUGGAGGCAAUUGAUAAUAGUAAUGUUUGGUUUGUAACUGGAACUUCAAGUGGUAUUGGUUUAUCAUUAGUUAAGAAAUUAUUAAUUAAUGGUUAUAAAGUAUCGGCUUUAACUCGUAAGCCAGAAGAAUUAAAACAACAAGUUUUACAAAUUAGUAACCAUGUUGAAAAUUUAUUAAUUGUUAAAACUGAUAUUACAAAUGACGAAUCAGUAAAGAAUGCAGUUGAUAAGACCAUUGAAAGAUUUGGUAAAAUUGAUGUUGUAGUGAAUAAUGCCGGUUAUGGUUUAAUUGGUGCCUUGGAAGAAGUAUCGGAUAAAGAGGUUAGAGCAAUCUAUGACGUGAAUGUAUUUGGUGUAAUUAAUAUCCUAAGACAUACAACCCCACAUCUUAGAAAGCAAAGAUCAGGUAUUAUCAUAAACGUCUCCUCUAUUCUCGGCUGGACAACAAUGGCAAACUACUAUGCAUAUUGUUCGACCAAACAUGCAGUAAAUGCAAUUACAUUCUCUGCACAAAAAGAAUUGAAGGAAUUCAAUGUAAAAGUAAUUUUAGCAAGUCCAGGUGGCUUUAGAACAGGUUUCGUAGUUAGUGAAACUACUAAUUUCCAAAUUCCAAAAUCCUUAAUCGACGAUUAUAAAACAAAUCAAUUAAUUGAAGUCUUUAACAAAUAUUCACCAUUAACAAAUGGCGACCCUGAAAAAGCUGCUGAUAUUUUAAUUAAAUUAACAAAUCUUAAUGAAGUACCUGAUAAUUUAUUCAUGGGUUCUGAUUCAUUAUCUCAAAGUAAAAAACAUUUAGAACAAUUUUUAAAUGAGAAUGAAAAAUGGGCUCAACUUUCUAUCUCAUCUGAUAUUGACAAAGAUAAAUAA